CGGGCAGGUCAGUGCCUCGGCGGCUGCGGCACGGGGAGCGUGGCUGGGCCGGCUCGCCGGAAGGAGAGGAGAAAAGUUUGUGCGUACGAAUGAAGAAAAUACUUCCUAUGAAGAAUAAAAGAACUUGAUGGAAGAACCCUUAAAGCACCUUUACCUUUUAAGCAGAAGAAAAUUAUGAAGGAACAAUCCAUCUGACUCCCUCAGCAUCUCACACAGGACUCACAAUGGCUCUUUGCAAAAAAACUGUUGGUAGUGUCUUGGAAGAGUGGUGUUUGAAGGAACCACUGUUUGGUUGCAAACGGCACCAGAAUGUUAGGAAAAAACUGAGACUGAUAAGGAUAAUAGGGCUUCUUGUCAGUGUAGUGGCCAUUAGUACUUUCUCUCUUUCAAUUAGUGCCUUUUUCAAGAUGGAAACACAUAGCAAGGUGUUGGAUAGCAGCCUAGAUAGCCAAAAGCUGGUGCAUGGUCACCAAAGAACUCUGUUGGAUUUCAUGGAACAGAAUGAAGGUGGCACUCCAGAUUCACCUACGUCUAUGAAACAUGAAGCUGAACAUGACAAUGCAACAGAAGAGCAUUCCAAGGGAGAGUACCCAGAGGACCUUUUCUCUCUGGAAGAACGAAGAAAGGGUGCAGUGAUACUGCAUGUUAUUGGAAUGAUUUACAUGUUCAUAGCCUUAGCCAUAGUCUGUGAUGAGUUCUUUGUUCCUUCCUUGACUGUCAUCACUGAAAAGCUGAGCAUAUCCGAUGAUGUGGCAGGGGCAACCUUCAUGGCAGCUGGUGGCUCGGCCCCAGAACUCUUCACUUCUUUAAUAGGAGUGUUUAUAUCCCACAGCAAUGUCGGCAUUGGGACAAUAGUGGGAUCUGCUGUGUUUAAUAUCCUGUUCGUGAUUGGAAUGUGUGCUUUAUUUUCUAGAGAAAUCUUGAAUCUUACUUGGUGGCCACUCUUUCGAGAUGUGUCCUUUUACAUCGUUGACUUGAUCUUGCUAAUCAUCUUUUUUCUGGAUAACUUAAUCAUGUGGUGGGAAAGCUUAACGCUCCUGACAGCAUACUUUUGCUAUGUGACUUUCAUGAAGUUCAAUGUUCAAGUGGAAGAAUGGGUGAAAAAAAUUUUAAACAGGAACAAGGUUGAGAAGGCUACAACAGGAGACGCUGAAGGAAAGUCACCUACUUCUGGCGACAAGGAUGACCAAACACUGACGACCAAGCCACGGCUCCAGCGGGGAGGAAGCUCUGCAUCUCUCCACAACAGUCUGAUGAGGAACAGCAUCUUCCAGCUCAUGAUUCACACACUUGACCCACUGGCAGAAGAGCUUGGAUCAUAUGGAAACCUAAAAUAUUAUGACACAAUGACUGAAGAAGGAAAAUUCAAGGAGAGGGCCUCAAUUCUGCAUAAGAUCGCCAAAAAGAAGUGCCAGGUAGAAGACAGUGAAAGGCAGAAUGGAGCUGCUAAUCAUGAGAAAGGUGCAAAAGUGGAAGUUGCAGUAACACCACCAAGCGAUUCAGGACCAGUGCAGAAUGGAAUUGCCCAUAAUGUUGAUGAGGAGAAUGAAGAGGAUGAGGACCAGCCACUCAGCCUGGCCUGGCCUGACACCCCACGCAAGCAGCUCACCUACCUUCUUGUACUGCCUAUUGUUUUCCCUUUGUGGGUUUCCCUGCCGGAUGUCAGAAAUCCUAGGUCAAGAAAAUUUUUUCCUAUCACGUUUUUUGGUUCAAUCAGUUGGAUUGCAUUCUUUUCUUACUUGAUGGUCUGGUGGGCACAUCAGGUUGGAGAAACCAUUGGUAUUAGUGAAGAAAUCAUGGGCUUGACUAUUUUAGCUGCUGGCACAUCCAUUCCUGACCUUAUUACCAGUGUUAUUGUAGCACGCAAAGGUCUGGGGGACAUGGCUGUAUCCAGUUCUGUUGGAAGCAACAUAUUUGACAUCACAGUGGGCCUUCCUCUCCCAUGGCUCCUGUAUGCUGUGAUUAACAACUUUUCUCCGGUGACUGUCAGCAGCAAUGGUCUGUUCUGUGCGAUCGUCCUCCUCUUCAUCAUGCUGCUCUUUGUCAUCCUCUCCAUCGCUUUCUGCAAGUGGAGGAUGAACAAGUUCCUGGGCUUUCUCAUGUUUGGGCUUUAUUUCGUGUUCCUGAUUGUCAGCGUCCUCCUGGAGGACAAAGUGAUCCAGUGUCCUGUCUCCAUCUAGUGGAAAGUGCUGAUUCUUGAGAAACAAAGUUAUAGAUGUUUAUUUAUUCAGUAUAUAUAUAUCAAAAUGAAAUGGAAAAAAAAAAAAAAAAGCAAAAAAAAAAAAAAAAAAAAAAGCCAUGAUGGAAAAAACUGUAAGCCUCCUACCCUUCAGUUUUAAAAGAGAGAAAGAAAGAAAAUGAUAGAAAGAGAGGAACUUGGAGUAAAGACUGAUUGCUGCAAAGCAGUGCGCUCACACAUGGAGCUGUGCCGAGGUGUUCUUCGCUGGCUGCAGAGCAACCUCGCCACUCAGCACUGGAGAUGCUGCACAUGCACUGAGAGGGUGAAAGCUACUCUUUCUCUAAUGCCUAUGGUACACGUCCUCAGACUUCUUUCUCUCUGUCAUAGAACACACAAAUAUACGGAGUGCUCAUUUCUUUAAGCUAUAAUCUUCUAAAGGGGAAUGCUAAUUCUGACUUUGGGGAGGCACCACCUCCCACACAUCAUGGUAUGGGAUUUAUCUGUUGAUCUCCUGAUGCUGCUGAGUGGAAAGCAUUUGCUGAGUGCAUGAGUUGCAGGAAGGGAAGAUCUUGCAUGUCUCUUCAUUGAAGUGGACUAACAUGUUGUGAUUUCAGCAGAGCCAGGGAGUUACCAGUGGUUUGAUCCUCUGCAUCACAGGACUACAACGGCCAUCAGCAGGAUGUCAGUGAUGAUUUAUUACAUCUUGCAAAGCUCUUCAGACUGCUGAAACCCCAGUGCUAGCGCUGAAGGGACUGUGUUUGCUGGCCAAUAUGUGACUGAUGCAGAUUUUCACUCUAUUCACAGGCAAGGCCUGUCCGGGGAUUUCUGUCUGGGGAUUUGCUGUUUUCUCUGAUACCAGUGCAGCAUGCAAAGAGAUGAUACAACUGAUAUGUGAACACAGCAUUUUUUUCUAAUGCAGCAAUACUACCAACAGUACCAAUGGCUUUCAGAUGCUGUUACCAUGAUGAGUUUGCCUUCGAUGCCAGAAGUAAAAGGCUAAUUUGCUUAUGCGUAGUAUUUCAUACAGAAAAUAUAGUUAUAAAAUGGCAGCCUACUUGCUGAGGUGGAUAUAUGCUUUACAAGCUAUCUUUUUCCAUUACUUGAAGUGUAAAGACCUUCACAGCUACAGAUAGUCAUUGUUGGAAGAAAUACUCAGCUGCUGUACAGAGCUGAGGCAGUUCAUUUUGCUCAUAAAAUCCUUAUACUAGGUAUGAAAAAAUAGUUUAAAUGUAGUGGAACUGCAGGAAACCUACAUGAAAAUUCUUCAUUAUUGCUGAAAGUGUGAAUGUCCAAAGAAGCCUGGGAAGGAGUGAAAAUGCAACAUUCUUUUACUGAAAUCCUGAGAGGAGAGGAGAAUGUCCAAAGCUAGAACAAAAUAUAUAAUCAUAAUAACAAUAGGGGGAGAGAAAGCUAUGCAGUGUUCAUGUUUCCUGGAUGAUCAAAAAAUGGGAGAACUGGAACAGGUGUUAAGAAAUUAUUUCAGAUAAUCAGUGUUUGCUUCUUCAAGGCUUCCUUUGCAGUUAGAGUUCAUGAAAUUUCAGUAUAUAUC